GAAUUUCCCCUCCCGACGCUACGCACAGUUCAUCAUCGUCAUUUCGAUACUUUUAUAUACCUACCCCUGACGAGCCCUCCAAUAGGCAUCGUGGGGCUCCGGAGUUACUAAUCGGCGUGGCGACGGUAACACAGCAUUGACUGACUAAUGAUCUCUGCUAUUUAAUACUUGGUAAGAUUGUUGUGGCUGUCUUCAUUUUAAUUCAUUAUGGAAGAGAAGAAAUGGAAAUGUUCUGGGGAAUGUUUUGUGGUGGAUUAAGGAGAGAAUCAGAUACAAAAUGACAUAAUUUCAUAUAUUAAGUACACUAUUAAUGGGUAUCAUGUCUAGGCUAGGUGACACUAUUCCCAAAGUCCGCGUCGUUGCUCCGGACUUGGAACAAAAUGCCCGCAAUUAUGGAUGACCCGUCCAGCCCGACCAUUUACCGGGUUGUAGGGCAACAUCCGUUUCCGGAUCCUAGUAAGCCGGAAUUACCACCAAAUGUCCUACCUCGCCAAGUGACCCUACGAGAUCGCCAGACUAUUGCGACUGUGGUGCCUUUCGCUUCUCGGGAUCAAGUACCUGCUUCUUUACUGGCCUACCUCUCAGAUCAAUUCGCAAAAGAAAUCGAGGGAGGUGACACCUAUCCCAUGAUAGAUCCCAUGCCUCUUGAGAAGUUUUCUGCCUAUUGGUUUCAGAAUUUCGGUGGUAUUAUGUUGCUUGGCCAAAUCGAAAGCGCCGAUGAGGUUGUCGAGGGCAAGGAUUGGUCGAAAGAAUGCCUUGGUAGCUUUUACAUCAAGCCUAAUUACCCUGGCCGUAGUAGCCACGUCUGUAAUGGUGGUUUUUUGGUCACGGAUGCUUCCCGUAAUCGUGGUGUAGGUCGGCUUAUGGGCGAGAGUUAUCUCGACUGGGCGCCGAAGCUUGGUUACACAUAUUCGGUUUUCAACCUCGUAUACGAGACAAACGUCGCUUCGUGCAAGAUCUGGGACGCACUCGGUUUUAAGCGCAUCGGUCGCGUUAAGGGUUGUGGUAACCUCAAAUCGUAUCCAGAUCGGUUGAUCGACGCCAUCAUUUACGGGCGGGACCUAGGACCCGGCGAAGCUGGCAACGGCGAGCCCCUUCUCGUGAGUGAAGAGCGUUUCGACAAGAUCAAAUUCUAUCUCAAAUACGGGCGAUAUCCAAAUGGAUCUGACCGUGCCGAGAAAAGCAGGCUCCGGAGCGCGGCAACCCACUAUAAGCUACUCGAUAACGAUGUUCUCAUGCUCAAAGACAAGGAAGUCAUCAGUGAUCCUAUACGACAAAUGGAUAUUUCGCGCCGCCUGCACGAAAUUGGUAGCCAUGCUGGAAUCAAUAAGACCACAGCCACUAUUGCCGAGAAAUAUCACUGGAGUCGUAUCAAGGAGACAGUGUCAGAUGUAAUUAGGACUUGUGACCAGUGCAAGGAAGCAACCAAGCCACCCUCUGUCCAGAAUCCCCCUAAUCUCAGGCGGCCUAAUGUGAAUCCCAACCCCGCUGCGGUCGUUGUAAACCCCAUGCCUUCGAGGAUGACACCCGAUACAGCUCCUAUACCCGAAAACAUUGAUGCGACCGACAGGGUAUUCGACCUACAAACACCUACGCAUAGUGAUCUACCACCUCUAGUCAAUCCUGCGAACCCAUACGCCCAUCCCGGUGAUAUAACAUCCUUAUUGAACCCUCCUAUGCACACGCCAAGCGACGCUGGUCUACCACCUCAUCAUCCUCUAAUGCAAAGCCAACUACAUCACGAUUCUGCCGCAACUCUCGCUUCACUACAUGAAGCUGUGGAUAUGUACCAUCCUAUAGAUCCACAGAUUAUAUCACAAUCCGCACAUCAUCACCAAUCACUGACCCAUCAUAGCCACCACCACCCCAAUCCAUUCAAUUCCUUCCAUACCAGCGACACAAUGCCUCACUCUAGUCCCCAUUCGUCCCAUACCUCGCUUCCAGGACAUGAACCUUAUAGCCCUCAUACACACUUCCAUCCCCAGACUCAUCAUCCCCAUCAUCAUCCACUACCACCCCACCAUGACCCUGAUUCCUUCCAAGCUUUACUUAAUGAUACCGAUAGUAUCGAUGGAGACAGCCACACCUCAAUCUCCACCGCCCAACUUCAAAGUCAUCAUCACCCUCAUCAUCACCACUUACAUAUACCAGAUAGCCACCACGAAGAACCACCCGAUCAUGACCAAGAAGCUAUGGCCCGCGACUUAGACAUGUUAAUCGAACAGAGUUCUUCCGAGUCGGAAAUGGAUAUCGACGAUGUAAUACGUGACGACAAUUAUGAUGACGACCCGAAUCCGAAUAAUGGAGACGCUACUGGCGAUAAGACUGUCGAGGGUGAUGAUAUAUUAGAAGACUCGGCAGGCGGCAACACGAUCAAGCGCAGUAGUAUCUAUAAUGUUGUGUUCAACUCGCCUUGAUAACGACUGAAUGGCUCUACUUUCACUACGCUCAUAUACAUCAUUUCGCUUUUACUCGUUUACCUUGGAUACCCAUACGGCUGUUUUGCAUUCAGGGGAUUAGAACUAAAAAUGUCGAUAUUUCAGGAGCCACUUUGGUACAUAGAGGACAUCAAAAUUCUUAUAUUAGACACAAUAAUGUCAAAUGAGUAUAAUGUCAACACAAUUUAAAUCACAGAGAAUUGAUU